AUGCCCUGGCAUGGGCUGUACCUCCUGUCAAAAAAACACGGCAAGCUCAUCACCUUCCUCCGUACAUUCAUGAAGUCGCGCCCAACGAAACAGAAACUGAAACAGCGGGGGAUCCUGAAGGAACGGGUGUUCGGCUGUGACCUGGGAGAGCAUCUUCUCAACUCUGGCCAUGACGUCCCCCAGGUCCUCAAGAGCUGCACUGAAUUCAUUGAGAAGCAUGGCAUCGUGGAUGGGAUAUACCGUCUGUCUGGGAUCGCCUCCAACAUCCAGAAGCUGCGACACGAGUUUGACUCAGAGCAGAUUCCCGACCUGACAAAGGAUAUUUACAUCCAAGACAUUCACUGCGUGGGCUCCCUCUGCAAACUCUACUUCCGCGAACUCCCGAACCCUCUGCUGACCUAUCAACUCUACGAGAAGUUCUCAGACGCUGUUUCUGCUGCUACAGAUGAAGAGCGGCUGGUGAAGAUCCACGAUGUCAUCCAGCAGCUGCCCCCUCCCCACUACAGGACACUGGAGUUCCUAAUGAGACACUUAGCUCGGCUGGCUGAUUACUGCUCCAUCACUAAUAUGCACACUAAGAACCUGGCCAUCGUCUGGGCUCCAAACCUCCUCAG